GAAUUCCCUUUCCCACUAUGCAACACUUUUAUCAUUCCUACUUUAGCAUGCACAUUUGUGCUUGUCUUCUUUAUGUGCAAGCUAUUUCUUGCACCCAAAAAGCACAAAAGGCUAGCGCCGGAGGUCCCAGGGGCAUGGCCCAUAAUCGGCCAUCUCCAUCUGCUCGUUGGUCGGAAGAAGGCACCCACUCACCUAAUCUUGGCAUCCAUGGCGGAUAAAUACGGCCCUAUUUUUCGCAUGAGACUCGGCUCAGUACCAGUCCUGGUGGUGAGCGACUCGAAAAUAGCCAAGGAAUGCUUCACGGCCAAAGACAAGGAGCUCGCAACUCGCCCCAAAUUACUGGCCUCUGAAAUCAUGGGCUACAACUACUCCAUGUUCGGGAUUGCUCCAUACGGGGAGUACUGGCGAGAAAUCAGAAAGACCGUCAUGCUUGAGCUCCUGUCUAAUCGUAGAAUCGAGAUGUUAAGGAAGGUGAGGGAAUCCCAUGUAAGAAAAGCCAUCAAACGUACCUUUGAUCACUGGUCACACAACAAGGACCCAACUUCUGGGGCGGUGGAAAUGGAGAUGAGGCAAUGGUUUUCUCGGUUGAUCAUGAACCUCUCCAUAGCCAUGCUUUUCGGGGAGGAAGAUAUGGGAGAAGAAAGCCAACUGUUGAAGUCCAUUAGGAGACUGUUUGAGCUGUUUGGAGAGAUGCCGGUGUCAGAUUUUAUUCCCUGGCUGAGAUGGAUGGACAUGGGAGGGUAUGAGAAGGCUAUGAGGAAGACUGCUGAGGAAAUGGAUUGUGCUGCAGAUAGGUGGCUUAAGGAGCAUAGAACAAAAAGAAAUUUGAAAUCUAAAGAAGAAGAAGACUUUAUGGAUGUCAUGCUUUCCCUAUUUGAUGCUCAAUCCAAUCAAACUCAUCCUCUUGGAUUUGAUAUUGAUGUGGUUAUCAAAUCUACCUGCUUGAACUUAUUUGUAGCAGCCACCGAUACCACUAGCAUAACACUGACAUGGGCUCUCUCCUUAAUACUAAACAACUAUAACGUGUUGAGGAGGAUUCAAGAUGAACUAGACAUUCACGUGGGAAAAGAAAGGUGCGUUGAGGAAUCUGACAUAAAUAAGUUGAUUUACGUCCAAGCUGUGGUGAAAGAAGCAUUUCGUUUACAUCCAGCGGUCCCGCUCUCUGUACCCCAUGAGGCCAUGGAAGAUUGCACCAUUAACGGCUACCACAUUCAAAAGGGCACUCGUAUAAUAUCAAACCUUGCAAAGAUUCAUCGAGAUCCAAAGGUGUGGACAGAUCCUAAUGAAUUUAAGCCUGAGAGGUUCUUGACCAGUUACAAGGACAUUGAUGUUAAGGGUAAUCAUUUCGAGCUGAUUCCGUUUGGCAGUGGCCGAAGAAUGUGCCCGGGUAUGCCUUUGGCUUUACAGAUUGUGCAUUUGACACUUGCUAGUCUAAUUCAAAGCUUUGAUAUGAAACGAUCAUCAAUGGAGCCAAUUGAUAUGACCGGAAGCAUAGGAAUAAGUAGUCCCAAAGCCACACCACUCCAUGCCCUCCUAAUACCACGCUUGACUUCAGAUUUAUAUGGUUAAUUAACUCAGAAGAAAUAAGAAAUAUUGAGUUGUUAAACAAAUAAUGAAUCAGAGAGAUCAAUUCCCUUGUUUAAA